AUGUGUUUGUUCCAGCUAUUGCCUCAUUUCAAGAAGGAACAUGUUUCUCACAUAAUUGAGGUACGAAGAAUUUUCACCGUUCACCAAUUCUUUUUUAAGCCUAAAUCGCUCACUACUCCUUUGAAAACACCAGUUCAGACCAUGAUGAUGGAUGACGAGGAAUUGGCCGACGAACAGGGUAGCGAGGGAGAAUCAACGAAUGAUGAAGAUGAAGAUAUGGGCGACGGUGAAGCAACUGGUGAGUCAGGAGUCGACCCUGAAGCGCUUAAUCGUCUAGAGAGUGCUCUAGGAAAGGCGGCUGUCAAGAGGAAAGGCGAUGCGAUUGAUGAGGAGGAGUCGGACGCUUCUGACGUUGAUGACGCUGAAAUGUUCGCAUUGGAUGAUCGGCUUGCAGCUGCGUUCAAGGCUAUGGCUCCUAAGAAGAGCGAGAAGUGA